GUCUUUAGCACUGACUGAUCUCUUAUAGAAUUAAAGACUUUUUUUUUUUUUUUUUUUUUUUUUUGGGCUUAAGCUUGGUUUCUUUCUCUCUUUCAUGCGAAAGCCAUGAGUUCCUACUUUGUAAAUCCUCUUUUCUCCAAGUACAAAGGCGGCGAGUCCCUGGAACCAACUUACUACGAUUGCAGAUUUCCACAAAGUGUAAGCAGAAGCCAUGCUCUCGUGUAUGGUCCGGGCACGACGGCACCCAGCUUCCAACACCCUUCACAUCACGUUCAAGAGUUCUUCCACCACGGAACGUCCAGCAUCUCGAACUCGGGAUACCAGCAAAAUCCUUGCGCCCUGGCGUGCCACGGAGACGCUUCUAAAUUCUAUGGCUACGAAGCCCUACCAAGGCAGUCGCUUUAUGGUGCCCAGCAAGAGGCGGCCGUGGUACAAUAUCCUGACUGUAAAUCCUCUUCCAACAGUAACUCUAGCGAGGGACAAGGGCAUUUAAAUCAAAAUUCUUCUCCUAGUCUCAUGUUCCCAUGGAUGAGACCUCACGCUCCCGGAAGGCGCAGUGGCAGGCAGACUUACAGCCGGUAUCAGACCUUGGAGCUAGAGAAGGAGUUCCUCUUCAACCCCUAUUUGACACGGAAGCGGCGUAUUGAGGUCUCUCACGCCCUGGGACUGACAGAGAGGCAGGUCAAGAUAUGGUUCCAGAACAGGAGGAUGAAAUGGAAGAAAGAAAACAACAAGGAUAAACUCCCCGGAGCCAGGGAAGAAGAGAAAACGGAGGAGGAAACCAACGAGGAAGAGGAAAAAGAAGAGGAGGAAAAAGAAGAAAGCAAGGACUGAUGUCUCUCAGCUCCUUGAAGUCCUCGUUUUAUGGCAGAUGAUAAAUCGAGAUGUUUACGACGGUCAUUCGCUUUUAUAGAGUAUAGAAUGGAGAGACUCACACACAACAGUAACUACCUGUCAAACAGUUGUAGCCCCCCUUUUUUAUUGUCAUAGAACUUCCCCUACCUCCCCCCUUAUAUCAGCGUUUUUAAACAUUUUAUUUUCAUUUUUUUCUUCUUACAAUAAAAUAAAUAUAGAACCAGAUUGACUUCAACCCUGUCCAUACCCAGCAUUAUCUACUUCCAUACAAAUGGACCUCACCACCAGCAGCAGUAACCCCACCCCCUUUCAUUUCUUCCUAUAUUUCAGUUAUUCAACAAAUACCUGCAACUUAUGUAUUUAUUUGGAAUAGGAAGGACUCCUGUUUCUUCUUGACCUACUCUCCCCACCGCACCACUCCAAGUUUGAUGUAAAGGGGACUGGAAGGAGGGCGGGAGUGUAUGAAAAUGCUUUAUGAUGUAGUCUUAACUUUAAACAAACAAACAAACAAA